AGAGAAUUUAUUUUAUCCCGUUUUUUUUUUUUCCCUCUCUCGAGAUUUCUCAUUACUUACUUUUUAGCUAAUUCUAAACAUCCAAAAUAGACAUGGCACCUAAAGUAUUAGUCACUCGUUUAUUACCUCCUAAAACUCAAGCUCGUUUGUUAGAACAAAACUUUGAAUUAAUUCAAUGGAAAGAAAACUCUUCAAUUCCUCGAGAUGUUUUACUUGAAAAAAUUCAGGGCGUAGAUGCAUUAUUUUGCUUAUUAACAGAGAAAAUUGAUAAUGAAUUAUUAGAUAGAGCAGGUCCUCAGUUAAAAGUGGUUGCUACAAUGAGUGUAGGUUAUGAUCAUAUCAAUGUGGAUGCUGUUAAAUCGAGAAAUAUCAAGCUAGGAUAUACACCUGAUGUCUUGACUGAUUCAACCGCAGAUUUAACUGUCUUAUUAGCUUUAGGAGCAUCACGUAGAAUUAAAGAAUGUAUUCAAGCUGCUGAGAAUGGUUUGUGGGGUAAAUGGGGCCCUACAUGGUUAUGUGGAACUCAAUUUACAAAUAAAACAUUAGGCGUUGUUGGUUUAGGCCGUAUUGGUGAAGCAGUUGCUAAGAGAUUACAAGCAUUUGGUAUCUCUCGUGUUAUCUAUAGCGGUCGAACUAAAAAGAGCGAACAAGUAGAGGCAAGACUGAAUGCUAAAUAUGUCCCCUUUGAUACUUUAUUAACUGAAUCUGAUGUUAUUGUUGUAUGUUGUGCAUUAACGAAGGAAACAGAGAAUUUAUUUGAUUAUAAAGCCUUUUCUAAGAUGAAAAGAACAGUUGUCUUUGUUAAUUCUGCUCGAGGUGGUAUUGUUUUACAAGAUGAUUUAGUUCGGGCCCUUGAGGAGAAUUUAAUUGGCGCAGUUGGCUUGGAUGUUACUACUCCUGAACCUUUACCACCUACUCAUAAAUUAUAUUCGUUUCCCAAUUGUUUAAUUUUACCUCAUGUGGGUAGUGCAACUAUGGAAACAAGAGAAAAUAUGGCAAAUAUGACACUUGAAAAUAUAUUGGCUGGUCUUAAAGAAGAAAAACUCCCUUAUUCUAUAUAUUAAACUAAACUAAAAAAUUAAACAAUGUAGUUUGUACCUUUUUUUUUUUUUUUAAUGAAAGAUUUGAACGAAAAAAAAAAUCUAUUUGCUUCUAAAAA